CUCAACUUUCCAGGAGUGCAAGUGUGGACUAAAGAUCAUGAUCUACUUUUAUGUAGAGAAGUUUUAUCAGUCAAUCCAUACUCGGCCAAAAAAAAUUCAAAUGAAAGAGGAAGGCUGUGGGACAGAAUCAGUGCCAACUUGAACAGCACAUCAGAUGUCUACUUUUCUGUCACAAAACGAUCAGUGCGUGACCACAUUGCAGUUUUGAUAAAAAAAUACAAAAAGAAAAUGAAAGAUGAAGAAAAAGCCAGUGGAAUAAACCCUGAACCCACAGAGCUUGAACAAGCACUAGCAGAGAUAAUUGAGAUGGAAGAAGCUGCAGAAACUGAACAUCAAGAUGGUGAUGGGAGAAGGAAAGAAAAAGAUGAGGCUGACAAGCAUAAGGCAGAAAGUAUGAGAAAACUGGCUAUGGAAAAGUUGGGAGAAACUCAGAAGAGGGCAGUUGAAGAGGGAGAGCAGGAUUGUCAGAAGAAGAAGAGGAGAAGUGGGAAUGAUACAAUUGAGUAUCUGCGAGAGAAAAGUGAGAGUGACAAAGUACUCAAAGAGGAAGAGCUGUCACUCAAGCGUAAACAACAGGAACUGGAAGAAAAAAAAAAGCUAACCUCAUUUCUAGAUCAGCAGAAAUCCAUGAUGCAGUUAAUGCAGGAGCAACAGCAGCAGCAACAGGUUCAAACUAAUAACAUCCAAAUGAUGAUGAUGCAACAGUCCCAGGCUUUCAUGGCCGUGCUUGAUAAACUUACCAACAAAAUGGGCUAG